AUGCAUAGGUCGUGCGGAAGGAAGAUAUCACUUGACACGUUGCUAGAUGAGAGAAAUGGGUGGUUGAGUAACGGAACAUUAUCUAUUGAAUAUGGAUUCCGCGUUGAAGCAAUACAAGACAUGGAUGGCAUUUGGGGAUUUAAUUUUCAUGAAAUGGCCACAUUAGAAAAGCAGGAUACGAUUACAUUAUACGUCUAUGAUCGUGAUGAAAGCUUUCAAUUAUAUCCUUCAAAACAGGUCGUGUAUUUUCAUUCUUCUUAUCUCAAAAAUCGAACCUUCGCUUGUUGUGAUCUCGGCGUAAGUGAACAUACGGAUGUUCUCCAAAUCGCACAUGGUGUGAACGUUAGAGUUCGAAAUCUUCGUUUGAUCAUUCCCAUUGCUAAAGACCUCGAGUUCCAAAAUGUGAUCAGGUUUUGCGAGCGUCAGUUGAUUCAGGAGAAUCUAUGUUAUCGGAUGAAUUACUGCAAUAAGUUUCAAAUAGCAUCCAAAUACAAUUUGAAUCAUUAUCUUGCCCAUCUGUUGAAGAAUGUUAGAAAUGUGAAACGGUUGGCAGUUGCUCUGAAGACAGUGAAACUUAAGAAGAUGUCAUCGGAAUACAUGAAACAGUGUACUAAAUAUUUCUUUGAGAAUGCAUAA